AACUUCCUUUCCUCCAUUCGAUCGCAGUCAUGGGUCGCCGGCCAGCCCGAUGCUAUCGCUACUGCAAGAACAAGCCCUACCCAAAGUCACGUUUCUGUCGUGGUGUUCCUGACCCAAAGAUUAGGAUCUUUGACCUGGGCAGGAAGAAGGCAAGGGUCGACGAGUUCCCGCUGUGUGGUCACAUGGUAUCUGACGAGUAUGAGCAGCUGUCAUCUGAAGCUCUUGAGGCGGCCCGUAUCUGUGCCAACAAGUACAUGGUGAAGACCUGUGGAAAGGACGGCUUCCACAUCAGAGUCCGUCUGCAUCCCUUCCACGUCAUCCGCAUCAACAAGAUGUUGUCCUGUGCUGGGGCUGAUCGGCUCCAGACAGGGAUGCGUGGGGCGUUCGGGAAGCCCCUGGGUACGGUGGCCCGUGUCAACAUCGGUCAGGUGAUCAUGUCUGUCCGCACCAAGGCCAGCAACAAGGAGCACAUCAUUGAGGCUCUACGCAGAGCCAAGUUCAAGUUCCCUGGACGCCAGAAGAUCCACAUGUCUAAGAAGUAUGGUUUCACCAAGUUCAACGCUGUGGACUUCGAUCAGAUGAUGGCAGAGAAGCGUGUUAUUCCUGACGGCUGUGGGGUGAAGUACAUCCCCUCCACUGGCCCUCUGGCUCGCUGGAAGAAGAUUCACGCCAACUAGAGCCGUGCUCGGCUGGCAGGCAAAACAUCAGUAGCUUCUGGUUGACUCAUCCUGGAGCAGAGACAUGGAAGAACAACUAGCCAAUAAAAGUCAAUAUUUGAAUAU